GUUUAGACAUCAACUCAGCUGCAUCCGCCAUCCGCCUCACCUCUCUAUCCUCUUUUCCGUGAACUCUGGAACACCUGAAAACAUAUUUCAGAGAAACUUCUGAGAAUUAAAAAAAAUGAUAAAUAUGACUGAGACUUGGAAUUCCUUCUUAUCACCAGCCACCCCAGACGCUGAUUAUGGAAGUGGUAGUGGUUCUGGUCACGGAGAUUAUGACUUUGACGCCCCGUGUGAUAAGAGCAUAGUACGCCAGUUCCGCAUGUUCUACGAACCCCCUUUCUACCUUCUGAUCGUCAUCCUGGGCUUUAUGGGGAACCUGCUGGUGCUCUGGAUCUACACGCACUUCAAGAAUCGCCUGAGAACCAUGACCGAUGUGUACCUGCUGAACCUCGCCUUGGCUGACCUGCUCUUCUUGUGUACGCUUCCCUUAUGGGCGGUGGAUGCCAUGAAGGGCUGGGCAUUUGGCACGGCUCUGUGCAAGGGCACAUCGGCGUUGUACAAGAUCAACUUCUUUAGCAGCAUGUUUCUGCUGACUUGUAUCAGCGUGGACCGGUAUGUCUCGAUCGUGCAGAGCACCAAGGCACAGAACUCCAAGGAACUGCGUCUGGCCUGCAGCAAAGUGGUGUGCGUGUUUGUCUGGCUCCUGGCCAUUAUACUGUCCAUUCCAGAGUUUCUCUUUGCCCGAACCAAAGUGGACUCUGAGGGCAACCAGUUUUGCACCAUGGUCUACUGGAACAAUCAAAACAACCAAACAAAGAUCCUGGUCCUGGCUCUCCAGAUCUGCAUGGGCUUCUGCAUUCCUCUCCUGGUCAUGAUCUACUGCUACUCUGUCAUCAUUAGAACCUUGCUGAAGGCCAAGAACUUCGAGAAGCACAAAGCAUUGCGUGUCAUCCUGGUAGUCGUGACAGUGUUUAUCCUUUCUCAGCUGCCAUACAAUAGCAUGCUGGUGAUCGAGGCGACACAGGCAGCAAACACCACCAUCACAGACUGUGCCGAGGCCAAGGGCUUUGACAUUGCCACCCAGAUCAUGAAGAGUUUGGCUUACAUGCACAGCUGCCUCAACCCAUUCCUGUAUGCCUUUGUUGGGGUUCGUUUCCGAAAAGACCUGAUAAGGCUGUACAGAAAGUAUGGAUGCACACCAUCCAAAUCUGGCAAACACGGUCCACUUCGCUCUUCUGUCAUGUCCGAUACAGAAAGCACCAUGGCUUUCUCGCUGUAAACUCAGCCUUGGGACAGUAUUAGUGCAUGAGUUGAGGAACAAGUUCUCAAAAUGUUGCCAGAAAGUUUCUGAAUCUGUGAAGCAUGAUAGAGACACAGAUUUCUUCAGAGAAGGUGUGCAGAAAAGGUGAACAUGAAUGCAUGAACCUUCUCCAGCUGUCAAAUGCCGAGGCCGUUGAAAAGAGCCGUGUGCGCGUGUGUAUAGAAGCCUAUGAAUAAGGAAGAAUUACACAGAAUGUAGAGUGGUUGUGUUAUUUUCUCCAUGUCAGAUGUUGUAUUAAAGAAGGCUGUGAUCUUCCUUCAAAGCUAUGUAAAUAACAUUUGAUAUGUAUGACUGAUUUUUUUUAAAAUGUCUGACCUUCAGAACUCCAGAUGUAUCAUCUUUAUUUGUUGCAAGAACUGUGACAUUAGUCACAGCAUUUCAUGGAAAUUACUGUAGUGCAAAACUGAGCCAAUGUGUGUAUAUAUAUAUAUAUAUAUAUAUUUUUUGUACCAAGACUAAAUUAAAUUCUGGUUUAAACUAA